UAUACACUGGAAUCAAGCCGCUAGGGGCACAGUCGUAUUGGCUGCAAAGACAAGCCCUGGCACCUUUCUUGCCUUCAUUCGUUUACCUUUGCAAGACUUGCUUCUUCAGUGCUUUUUGGUGACAUCCCAGACUGUACCUUGCGACAAGGACACUUUGCAGGGCCAAUUUGACUCGAUCGUUUAGCCGCAGUCUCGGUCGCUGACGUACAAUGUCGGAGUGGACGAUGCGACCAGGAGGGAACGCGUAUGGAGGUGGAGGUGGCGGUGGCGGAGUGGAGUGGUUCAGCGCUGGGGCCCCCUCGUAUGGCUCUUACGCGCCUAGCUAUGGCGCUCCAGCCGGCGGAUACGGAGCCAGCACCACAAAUAGUAACAGCUUUGAGGAGGAGCCCCCGCUGCUUGAAGAGCUGGGCAUCGACGUGGGCGCCAUCUUCCUCAAGAUGCGCGCGGUGCUGCUGUGGCGCCUGGGCUCCCGCUACCUGGACGACUUGGACAUGGGCGGGGCGCUGCUGUUCGUGUUCGUGCUGGCGGGGCUGCAGCUGCUGAUGGGCAAGCUGCACUUCGGCGUGACUCUGGGCUGGUCUGUGGUGUUCAGCCUGAUGCUGUGGUUCCUGCUGCGGCAGCUGGUGGGCAGCGAGGGCGCCGAGGCCAAGAACCUGGACCUGUACGGCUGCUGCUGCGUGGUGGGGUACAGCAUGCUGCCGCUGGUGCUGUUCGCGGCGGCGGCGCUGCUGCUGCCCAAGGGCCCGGUGACGUUGCUGGCGGCCGCGGGCUGCACGCUGUGGGCGGCGCUCACAGCCAGUCGCAUAUUCGCGCGGCGCUGCCCGGCGUUGGAGGAUCUAAAGGGUGUCAUCAUGUACCCCUGCAUCCUCACCUACGCCACCUUCGCGUUGCUGGUAGUCUACUAGCCGUGCGGAUUCGUGAGGCAGGAGUAGGAGCGGCAGACGGCGCGUCUUGAAGGGUUAUGGCUGCCCCGGAUGUCGUGGCUUGCAUGGCUCUGUGUUGGUUAGAGAGCGUAAGAAUGCGUGGAAGGACCGGGGACAGAGGAUGCAAUGCGGCGCGAUGCGCUGGCGUGGCGCAACGCGCGGCAGUGACUCACGCAGGCGCCGGAGAAGGGAAUCGGCGGCAGACGGCAGCCGUAGCGGCAGUUAAGCGGUGAUGCACAAAGUGGCCCCUAAGACGAGAGUUAGGCACUGCACAGCAGAGUUAGGCAGGUGUGCAGUCUAAGCGGCUCGACCAACCGCCGUAUGGAUUGAAAAUGCUUCUGGUAUUAUUAUAUCGACCAGAACAUAUUUCAUCACAUUAUUCAUAUCAAUACCGCGCAUCGGCCUAGCUUGUUAGAAGAAGACUGUUGGAUUGGCGCGUUUCUCGACGCUUCCCGGCCUUCAUCGGAUUCGAUUGGGCCCGCACUUCUCGACUAGUUGGAUGUGCAUAGCAGUAGUGUUGUGAACACAUAUGAUGUUAUGCUCAUGCCUACA